AUGAUGUAUUACCAAGCUCUGAUCUAUAUACCGUACGCUAUUCUGGUCAAUAUUUUUGCGUCGUACCUGCUGACUGACUACUGGUUGAACGUAAUUUUAGACAAGUACAUUGGAGACGAGCCCGUCAUAACCCGAUAUUUCGAUCACAUUGUCGUGGGCGGAGGAACGGCAGGUAUUGCUGUAGCUUCGCGUUUAGCAGAGAAUGAAGCACAUACUGUUUUAUUAAUAGAAGCUGGACCCAAAGUAUCAUUAUUAUACGAUAUACCUCUUGCCACACCAAUGUUCCAAAAGUCACCAAUCGAUUGGAAACACCGAACAGAGUCACAGUUGGAAGCAUGUCUUGCAAUGAAAAAUAAUUCUAGUCAAUGGCCCGCAGGAAAAGUCUUGGGGGGCAGUAGUCGCAUAAAUUUCAAUAUUCAUGUAAGAGGGCAUAUUUCUACUGAUUAUUUAUCGUGGCAAUAUGAACAAGAUUGGACCAAAGAGGAUGUUCUUUACUACUUCAACAAAUAUGAAAAAGCUGAUACAUAUUAUAAUAGAUCACCCAAUAAAAAACAAUUCUUCAGUCAUCAGCCAACACAUGUGACACCAAUUGCAACAGCUAUACUUGAGGCGGCCAAUGAGUUGGACUUUAAUACUUCAUUUGAUAUGAACAACGAUGGUUUUCAUAUUUCCAGACGAGAUGGUGGUAGUUUCUCGUUGACACCAGUGUCAAUAAGAACAGGAGCUAGAUUAAGCGCUGAACACCUAUACUUAAAAUCAAGAAAAAAAAAAAACUUAACUGUGCUCACAAAUGCUUUAGUUACAAAGGUGCUAUUUAAACAUAAUUUUGAAGCGAAUGGAGUUAUGUACAACAGGUUUGACCAAGUUUAUAAAGUACAUGCACUUAAGUCAGUAGUCAUGUCUGCAGGAACAUUGAAUACGGCAAAAAUUCUUUUAUCGAGUGGUAUUGGACCGGCACACCAGCUUAAACCGUUAAAAAUCCCUGUGAUUGCGGAUUUACCAGUAGGAGAAAACUUACAAGAUCACAUUAUUACAGGAUUGGAUAUGAUAACUUUAGAAAAAUCAUUGGACUUAACUUUUAAAGAUUUUAUAUCACCAAUUAACAUUUUCAAAUACUUUUUCAAAGGAACUGGUACAUGGACGCAUCCAGGAUGUGAAGCUGUUGGUUUAUUACAACUACCGUCAGAUAAAAAAAACUAUUCUGUGUCAUCCCCAGAUUUGCAAUUUAUGCUUUUACCUUAUGGGGUAUCAUCUGAUGCAGGAGCAGCAUACUUCAACCACUUAAAUUUUAAAAAUGAAAUUUGGAAAGAAUAUUUUCAACCACUUGUGGGAAGACAAGUCAUUUCAUUAGCACCAGUGCUAUUGCAUCCUCAAAGCAGGGGAUACGUGAAGUUAGACAUUAAUCAUGAAAUUGUAGUACAACCAAAUUAUUUACAAAAAACACAUGAUGUCAGUGUGUUAGUUCAAGGAAUGAAAUUGGUGAAAAAAUUUGCAGAAACCAAACCAUUAUCAAAACUCGGCGCGAUGUUUAACACAAAACAUUUUCCUGGUUGCCAAAAAUAUAAGUUUGGAUCGGACUAUUAUUGGGAAUGUUACAUUAGACAUAUGACGUUAACUUCUUAUCAUCCCGUGGGAACAUGUAAAAUGGGCAGUAUCCAUAAUAAGAGUGUAGUGGAUCAUUCAUUGAGAGUGCAUAAAUUAAAUAAAUUGUAUGUGAUUGAUGCAUCAAUAAUGCCUUCCAUGCCAAGUGGGAAUAUAAACGCUGUUGUUGCAAUGAUAGCUGAGAAAGGAGCUGAUCUCAUAAAAAAACAUUGUUUUCAAAGGACUCAAAAAUGUAAAAUCACAGAUUUUUUAUACUAUGGUAAUAAAUAUUAA